GUCAUUCCCCGGGUCUGUAGCCCUAUUGUGUAAGUGCCUGGCAAGGAUGACAUGGGGCUUUUCCUCUGAGCACAGCUGCAAGCAUGGCCAGGAGGAGGCAGGACCUGGGAACACUGCCCUCCCAGAUCCUUCCGGGCUUUUUCAGUGGUAGGUGACAUGCACCCUGAGGGCUUCCAUUCGGUCUGACUCUAGUGCAGGGGCUUUCUGUCCCCAGUGAAAGUAGAGAUGGCAAGUUUCUUGAGCUCCUUUCUACCCAGCUGCCUCCCCUGCCUCCUUCUUCUUCUCCAGUUGUCUUCCAGUUAUGCAGGACAGUUCAGAGUAAUAGGACCAGGGCACCCCAUCCGGGCUCUGGUGGGGGAUGAAGUGGAAUUGCCAUGUCGCAUAUUUCCUGGAAGGAAUGCUACAGGCAUGGAGGUGGGAUGGUACCGGCCACCCUUCUCUCGGGUGGUUCAUCUCUACCGAAAUGGCAAGGAUCAGGAUGGAGAGCAGGCACCUGAAUAUCGGAGCCGGACGGAGUUGCUGAAAGAGACUAUUGGUGAGGGGAAGGUGACCCUCAGGAUCAAGAAUGUAAGGUUCUCAGAUGAAGGAGGGUUCACCUGCUUCUUCCGAGAUCAUUCUUACCAGGAGGAGGCAGCAAUGGAAUUGAAAGUGGAAGAUCCCUUCUACUGGAUCAACCCUGGAGUGCUGGUUGUCAUCGCAGUCCUGCCUGUGCUCCUCCUACAGAUUGCUGUGGGCCUUGUGUUCCUCUGCCUGCAACACAGACUGAGAGGAAAACUUCGAGCAGAGAUAGAGAAUCUCCACAGGACUUUUGAUCCUCACUUUCUGAGGGUGCCUUGCUGGAAGAUAACCCUGUUUGUAAUCGUGCCAGUUCUCGGACCCCUGGUUGCCCUGAUCAUCUGCUACAACUGGCUACAUAGAAGACUAGCAGGCCAAUUUCUUGAAGAGCUAAGAAACCCUUUCUGAGUGGUGUUGCAUCUUGGCAGAAGUGGAGGAGAACCUGCUUGGUCUAAGGACUGGUCCUUAGGGAUGUUGCAGUCAAGUUCCAUACUCACUGGCCUCUUUGCUGUGGGGACAUUCCAAUUUGUUCUUCCAGAAAUGUUCUAAAUUCCAAAUAGAAUUGAUUUCUCCUCUUCUGUCACCUACCUUUUCCCAGCUCUUUUCUUUCCCCAUUUUUGCUGCCUACAUCUUUCCCACUCUAUCUUCCAUCUGGAGGCCCUCUCUGGCUACAACCAGGCAGGUGUUCUUCAUGAGAGGAAACUUGUGAUGGCAAGUAAGGUACAAGAGGGUCUCUGCCAUGAACUGAAGACCAGGAACCUCCUCGGUGCAAACUACAGCAUGCCAACUUUGCAAAAGGUGGUUGCCCCUUCCAAGACCUCAGCUCCAACGGACAGAACUGAGGUGGAAGAGAAGGAACAAGAUGAGUCCAAAACAUCAGAGAGCUAAGUGAGCUGCAAAGUGAAGACAUGGGGAGAAACCCAUAGAAUAACGGCCAGAGCUACAUCUUGCCCUGGCAGCCUACCAAGGAGCUAGGGAAGUAAAGGAUGCAAAUUGGGCCACACGCCUCCUUCAAAAUGCUUGUUUUACUUCCAUGGCUGUAUAGAUGGGUCCCU